GCAGCGCUUCCAAGGCGACCAGUAGUACCUCCCUGUCACUGUCACCUUUCAUGCUAAGUUUGGAGCAGGAACUUCCCAGGGAGAUUUAUAAGGAAGUCUCAAGAUAAAGCAAACAAUAAAUCAACUGAUGAUUCCACCCUUGGAGGAAGCUUCAGCCUCAGUACACCCUACAUGUGACACACACACAAGGGUUGAUCAUCUUUUGAAGGAUAUAAAAAACCAAGAGGUGUCAGGUUCUGUGUUUUCUUGAAAAUCCAGUCUAGACUACAGCCUUGGACAUUUAGACUUGGAAGGAUGCAGAUGAACAACUUUUGACUAUCAGGACAGUUAUUUGGAGUCCUGCUUAGCCGUGAACUUGAGGGACGGACCAAUGUUUUCAUCCAAGAAGGAGAACCUACCCUCUCCCAUCCUGGAGGAUUCUUUCUUCUCCUUCUCUUCAUCACACUCUUCCUCCGGUCACCGAAUCAUGGCUCCUAUAAUGGGAGCAGAUGAUCUUCUCGCCUCACCUCAGGAUGACAGCAGUCCUACGCUGCUGGAAAAGGACCUGAUCUUGGCUGCUGAGGUGGGCCAAGCUUUGCUGGAGAAAAACGAGGAGCUGGCUGCUCAGAUAGAGCAGAUGGAAAGGGAGAUGGAGGCUAUGCAGCAGGAGAAACACAUGCUGCAGCGACGUCUGGAUGUGCGGGACCUCGAGGCAGGUCAGCGGGAAGCAGAACUGCAGGCUGACAUCACAGCGUUGCGUGCGCAGUUGGAACAAAAACACGUUCAGAGUCGUGACCGGCGUCGUGAGGAGAGUGAGCAACUGACUCAGCUGUCCAACCACAACCAAAAACUUGUGGAACAGCUGGCAGAGGCAGUGGCCUUAGAGCAUACUUUGCGUACUGAGCUUCGUUCUUUGAGGGAAGAAAUGGAGGAUACAAGUUUUAGCAAAACCAUAAGCUCUGCUAGACUGGACAGUCUGCAAGCAGAGAACAGGGUUAUGAAAGAGCGCUGUACUCAUAUGGAUGAAAGAUUGAAGUCAACUCAAGAAGACAACCACCGGCUGAGAUCUGAGAGGGAUGGAUUGAGAGAGAGGGUGACUGAGCAACAGACCAGUCUGAAAGAUAAAGAAACGGAGCUGGAACAGGAGCACAGCACAGUGUUUCAGCUGCGCACGGUCAACCGAACCCUACAGCAAAGGGUUCAAGCCCUGGGAGAAGAGGCCAGUCUGGGGGAGGCUACCUGCUUCCCUAUGUCACUUCAGAGUGAGAUCCAACAGUCUCAGGCCAAAGAAACCAUUUUGGCCCAUUCAGCCAUUUUGCAAGAAAAAGAAGAAGAAAUUCAGAGGUUACAGAAAGAGCUACAGUCUAGAGAAACUGAAUUAGAAGGGCUCCGGGAGGAGGUGAAGCCAUUUCAUAACAGUCCUGGCAAACCUACUUACAGUGCCUUGGAAGAGGAGAUCAUUUUGGCCCGACAAGAACGUGAUGCACUCAACCAGCAGCUUCUGAACACUAUCAGACACAAGGUGGCACUAUCUCAGGAAGUUGAGUCUUGGCAGCCAGGCCAGUGCAGUUGUUUGGUGUUCCUCAGAGGAGGACAUGCGUCUAGUGAUAUGUCAUCAGGUUCAACUCCAACAAAAAGAAAAGGAAAACGACAAAGAACGGACAGGCCUUCAAAGAGGCACUCGCACCACCAAAUCAUUGCGUGUACGUGGGGAAGAUGGAAGGAAAGGAUUUUUUUCUUCUCUGUUUGGGGGAGACUGACUGGAGGACAAAUAAGAAGGGACAAGAAGAAAAGGGAAUACAGUAAUGAGAGAUUUCUCACUUUUUUUCUACAAAUGUAAAGUAAUCAUUAAAAUCACCCAAAUGUGUAAAUAUAAAGACAGUAGAAAGAAAUUAUAUGCACUCCAUAGUGGCACUAUUGCAUAUGUAUGUUUUUCAAUAUUUAUUUGCAACUUCAAAAUCAUACAUAAAAAUAAAUGUAUAGCAUUUACUUUUUCUCGUCUCUUUUUUUAUAGGAGGGGUUAAUCAUUCUUAAACCAUAAAAGAAAUGGUCUCUUUAGCACCAUUAAAGGCAUCGUUCAGUAAGGCAUUAUGCAGCAUUACAGUCAGUAACAUUUCGUGUAAACAUGUAAAACUUUUGCACUCUCAGGCUGUCAAAUUUUUCAAACACAAGACAGUUCCCCAAUAUUCAUAAUGACCCAUGAUGAUAACAAAAUCUUUGAUUAUAUAUUGUAGCACCAUUUUAUAAUAGAAAAUGUUUAGAAAGUGCUUUACAGAAAACAAGUGUUUGUACAUAACACACUGACAUACAUAUGGUAGGAUACGACAUGAAAAUAAAACCAGCGCAGU